UUCUCCGGCCAGGCUUCACCGCCGCAUAUGUGCUUUAAAGCAGUGGCAAGGCACCCCCGUGGCAUCUUGCCCUGCAAAGAAACUUUUCAACUUAAGAACAACAGCUUGAGAUCACUGCAGCAUGGCCUUCAUGUUGGAAGGAAGGCAGAAAGUAGAAUGUUGAGUGGCCGAGCACCCAUUAUCGUUAUGUCAGCAAAUAGUCAUUCAAUUUUCGAGUCAUUUUCAUCAUCUCCAUCAGACACAAUCAACAAAUUUUACACAAGCAUCAAUGAGAAGAACUUGAAGGAACUAAGUGAAUUCAUAUCAGAAGACUGUUAUAUUGAGGACUGCUCCUUUCCCCAACCAUUCAAUGGAAAAAAGGAGAUUAUGCAUUUUUAUGAACAACUUACUGCAUCCAUGGGUCAGAAUGUGAAGUUCAGCAUUGGACAUGUUUGUGAAGGAGAUGAAAACACAGCUGGAGUGCAAUGGCACUUGGAAUGGAAACAAUCACAGAUCCCCUUCACCAGAGGCUGCAGCUUCUUUGAGUACUCAAAACAUGGAGAAAGAAUAAUCAUCAAGAAAGCUCAAGUUGUAAUUGAAUCACCAGUCAAACCAGGAGGCUUCGUUCUGAUUCUAUUCAAGACAGUGACAUCACUAUUUGAUGAUUUCCCAAGGAUCACUGAAUGGUUCCUAAGAAGUCCCCAUGUCAUAUUUCAAUUGAUAAUGAAGAUUUACAACAUGGUUCUGGCUCCUUUUAUCAAUCCACUACUAACAGGCUACAUACAGAUUUGGAAUCUCUCGACUCGGAUUCUUCUCUUCACAUUCAACAUUUUGCGCUACAUUUCUAAAAUCUUCUUUAAGUAGAUAACAUUGAAUAUACAAGUUCUAUUUCCACAUCAAGGCUACCAGUAAAGGGGUGGCUUCAGAUCACCUGUCAGUCAUCGUUUCCGUCACA